AUGGCCUCCGGACACCGAAUGCCCGGAUGGCAUUUGGGAAUUAUGCUCAUUUUGGCAGCCUUCUGUCUGCUGACCUCAGCUGAAUCUAUGUUCCGGUUCAGGCGCCAAGCGACGGACAUUGCAGGUGAAGACAUUAGUUACGGUGGAGCUGACUCUGAAGAGACCGACCUACCUUCUGAAUAUAGCGUCAAGGGCCCUGGCCCCUACCUUCAAGGUCAGACCCUCCAAGGGCCCCGUGGCCCACCGGGAGAGGUUGGUCCUACUGGUGCCCAAGGUCCGCAGGGUCCACAGGGCCCCCCAGGUCCACAAGGUCCUCCCGGACCGCCCGGUAACGACGGUGCUCGGGGACCCCGCGGACCACCCGGUGAACCUGGUAUCGACGGUACAAACGGCGCUGAUGGCGAGCAGGGACCACCCGGCCCGCCCGGUCCAAUGGGUCCACCAGGUCCCAUGGGCAUCAUUGGAGCCACCGGAGUACAGGGUCCUCCCGGUCCUACGGGUCCCAAGGGUGAAAAAGGCUCUCCUGGUGCUGAUGGUCCAAUGGGUGAACGAGGCCCAGUUGGACCACGUGGUCCAGCUGGUCCCUCAGGUCCUCGAGGUCUAACCGGUCUCCCUGGUCCCCAGGGUCCGAUUGGUCCGGUUGGUCUCCAGGGGGCAGAUGGCACAAUGGGUCCCAUGGGUCCUCCCGGUCCUCGCGGUCCUCCUGGAUCCGUUGGAAUGACUGGUCCUGUCGGUCUCAAGGGCGACGCUGGAGAAAUAGGUCCUGUCGGUCCCAUUGGCGAAGCAGGUGAGGCUGGCGCUGACGGAGCUCCUGGUGCUCCCGGUGAGGCUGGAGAAAUGGGUCCCCCAGGUAAAGAUGGUGCCAUGGGUGGUAAGGGUGAGCAGGGUCCUCAGGGACCUGUUGGUGCUCCGGGUCUGGCCGGACCACGCGGUCCGCCUGGUCGAGCCGGUUUUCAGGGCACUCCGGGUCCUCGUGGUGAACAAGGUCCUCCCGGACCCCAGGGUCCAGCCGGCGCUCCCGGUCCCGCUGGCAGUAUUGGUGACGCAGGUGAACGCGGUCGUGUCGGUCGUCCCGGUGAUGCUGGAAAGCAAGGUCUUCGUGGACUUCUGGGUCCCACUGGCGAACGUGGUGACAUAGGUUCUCCCGGUGCCCCGGGCAUUCCUGGAACUCCGGGCAUUGAUGGUUCACCUGGUCAGCCUGGAAUAGCAGGUAAGGAUGGAGAACCCGGCCCUAUGGGUGCCCGUGGUCCCCCCGGACCCCCUGGUCCUCCAGGCAAGCCCGGUGAAGCUGGUCCUCGUGGCUAUCCCGGUUCGGCGGGUCGCGACGGUGCUCCAGGCCCUCGUGGUGACGUAGGCGAACGUGGGCCUGAUGGGAAGCCAGGCGAAGAGGGUCCUCCCGGACCUGAUGGUCUCACUGGCCAACAGGGACCGUCUGGACCCUCUGGUCCCUCUGGGCCUCGAGGAGAUCGUGGUCCAUCUGGUGAGCCUGGUGAUGCAGGCGAUAAGGGUGAAAAGGGUAGUCGUGGUCCCGUAGGUCCGCGCGGUAUCCGUGGGAAGCCAGGAGCUAUUGGCGUCGAGGGUCCCACUGGUCCAGAUGGUGAAGCCGGCCCGGAAGGUCCUACAGGACCUGCAGGACCCUCUGGACCUUCCGGACCUGCUGGAGGCCCUGGCAACAAAGGCCCCGCUGGUCGCGACGGUCAGGCUGGUGAGGCUGGCAAUGUUGGACCACCUGGACCGCCAGGACCACCUGGUGCGCCAGGGCACAUUGGGGAACGUGGAGAUCCCGGACCUCAGGGCUACCCCGGUCUACCCGGUGCUAAGGGCCCAAGCGGCAAAAUGGGACCGCAGGGUAACGUUGGACCUGCUGGAGUUCACGGACCACCUGGUGCGCGUGGUCUGCCUGGACCUCGUGGUAGGAAGGGACCGAGUGGAAAGCCGGGUCGUAAUGGUCCUCCAGGUCGUGAUGGCAACCGAGGUCCACCUGGUAUCCCUGGUGAAGAUGGUCCUCGUGGGGCGACUGUGGUUCAAACUGCUGGAAGGAUCCUCACUGGACCGCAAGGACCACCAGGAGACACUGGGUACACUGGCGCUCAGGGUCCCGUUGGUCCUAUUGGCGCUCCCGGUGAAAUGGGUCCUCCCGGUCCACCUGGAGCUAAUGGAGAAGAUGGCCCACCAGGUCCAGAAGGACCCCGUGGACGCGAUGGUAUUGAUGGGGCUCCUGGUCGACCGGGUGUACGCGGUCGCCCUGGGCCCCGUGGAAUUGAUGGACCGUCCGGUCCAGAUGGUCUUCCCGGUGAUGAUGGACCGAUAGGUCCCCGUGGACCCGACGGAGCCAUGGGAGCUACCGGUGAACGCGGUUCUGCUGGAGCUGAUGGAGCCCCCGGUGAGGAGGGUGCGAAGGGACCUGUUGGCCCUGCUGGCCCCAUCGGUUUCCGAGGCCCUUCUGGAAGCGCUGGCAAGGAUGGCAUCAAGGGUCCUGCCGGUGACCCCGGUCCUGAUGGUCCUAAGGGACCUACUGGUCCUGCCGGUUCUCUGGGAGUAGAUGGUCCACCCGGUCCCCAAGGCACACCGGGUCAAGCUGGUCGCACUGGUCCACAGGGUCGUAAAGGGCCUCCUGGCAAGCCUGGUGCACAGGGCAAGCCAGGCAUAAAGGGAAAGCAAGGAAAUGAGGGACCUCCUGGUCCCACCGGUCCACCCGGUCCUCCUGGACCUACUGGAGAGGCCGGCGAACCUGGUUCGAUCGGUGAUACCGGUCCUCAGGGCGUUCAAGGUCAGCCAGGUGAACGCGGUCCCCAGGGUCCUGAGGGAGAGGCUGGCCCACCAGGUCCUGAUGGUCCUCAGGGCGUCACUGGCCCCAUUGGUCCCACCGGUCCUGUAGGUGAUCGUGGAGAAUCUGGAGCUGAUGGACCUGAUGGACAGCCUGGAACGCCUGGCGAACCUGGUCCACGCGGCUACCCUGGUCGUAAUGGAAUCGACGGUCUUCCAGGUCGUCCUGGUAGACCUGGACCUACAGGCCACAAGGGAUGGAUGGGUCCCCCAGGCGACCCCGGGCCGAAGGGUCAACGGGGUUCCAAAGGACACACAGGGCCUAGAGGGCACCAAGGCCCAACAGGUCUUCCUGGAGAACAGGGCCCUCAAGGCUUUGAGGGGCCGAUGGGCGAGAUGGGAUAUCAAGGCGAACAAGGCCCGACCGGUCUCCCUGGACCACCUGGUCGCGAUGGGCCCCAAGGUCCACCAGGUCCAGUUGGUAACCAGGGCCCUCCUGGACCCCCCGGACCACCUGCCAUCACGUAUGACAUGGCCUUCAACGACGACACUGCCCAGGCUCAAUAUAUCGGAACCGAUAGUAUUGACAAACCCGAUGGCUCACGCAAACUUCCAGCGAGAACGUGCAAACAUCUGGCGCUGGUUAAUCCACACCUUCCUGACGGAUUCUACUGGAUUGACCCCAAUGCCGGUAGCAUCAAAGAUGCAAUCGAAGUCUACUGUCACAUUCGGAUGGGUGAGACCUGCGUGGCACCAAAGGCAGAUGACUUUGAAGUCAGGUCUUACUCAGAUAUCAAUAUCGGUGAAGAGCACUGGUUUCAUGAACUCCAGGGCAGUAAACUGUUUGAAUAUAAUGUGCCCGAAGAUCAGUUGGCCUUCCUGAAGAUGCUCAGUACAAAGGCCAACCAGAACGUGACGGUGGUGUGUCGUCAAUCUUCGCAAGAAGAGGCGCGCCUCAUGUCUGACAACGACCAUUAUUUCUUGCGCGAUGGAGAGCUCUUCCGCUACAACGUCCUGCGUGACGAAUGUCAGUACAUGAAGGACAGCUACGGCUACACCGUGAUGGAGGUGGUAAGCCGACCACAGCGGCUCCCAGUGCGUGACAUCUCUUUCCGCGACGUGGGCGGAUAUUCAAAGGAAGUGGGGGUGAGACUGAGCCCCGUGUGCUACGCUUAG